UUUAAAGCAGCUUUACAGAAAAUUAUGCUUCAACAGAAAAAGCUGUAAUAUAGUAAUGUCUUCGAGUCAUAAUAGUACGGUUUAACAAAAAAAAAAAAAAAAAAAAAGGAUUAGGGGGGCGGAGCAGACAUGUCUUCAUCUCCACCCGUUUUCACUUUUGUGGGUGGAUGUGCUUAGACUGGGCUGAAAUCUUUACCGCAAGUUGACACUAGUAACCAGCCCGUUGCAUCAAUAGAUGAAACGCUGGCUGCGACCACCAGCGGAUGGUAGAAGGGCAGCCGUGAGUUCAUGAAAUGUGGGCCAGUCACUGCGUUUUAUCUGGCCGACAGAAGCGUGCGUAUGGCCUAUUAUUUGUGUGACAUUAGAUAAAGCGAGUGCAUCUUGGGUCCGCGAGCAUGGGGGUGACGUAUGCUGCUUUACAGCAUCUAUAGUUUAAUGCAAAGAGACAUUACUCGAGGAAAAAAUGGAUUUGCCUCGUUGUUUUCCGGACCCGGUGCUCAACCCGACAGUCUUCAAUGAGACCGCGGCAUCCCACGGAAUCGGUGUAGCUUCUGCGACUGGGACCGGGUCCGGCGCCGCAGUAUCCAGCGCACUGAGAAACGAUUUGGGCUCCAACAUUCAUGUGCUGAAAACACUGAAUCUCCGCUUCCGCUGUUUCCUUUCAAAAGUGCACGAAUUAGAGCGCAGAAACAGGUUAUUGGAGAUCCAGCUGCAGCACGCGCAGGAUCAGUCCCGGUACCGAGUCCUGUUUUCCCGCGAUAAAGCGGUUCAGACGAACCUCGAACUGCCUUAUGCAAACACACCGUGUCAUUCCAGACUUCCCGGUCAAAUCUGGAGUUUCUCACACACCGCCAGAUAUGGACGACGGUACGAGACUAUUCAGGGGCCCGGAGUGUCCUGGUCUCAUCCUGAUGGUGUCGGGGUUCAGAUUGACACCGUCACACCUGAACUCAGGGCCUUGUACAAUGUUUUGGCCAAAGUCAAGCGCGACAGAGACGAGUACAGAAGAAAAUGGGAGGAGGAGGUGUCCAAACGUCAGCAGAUGGAGUCCUUGGUGGAGACCUUACAAGAGAGUGUUCAGUCAUCUGAAGCUAUGCAAGCAGAACUGACUGAGAAUAUGGACCGGCUUAAAUCAGAGUUGGUGGUCUUCAAAAGCCUCAUGUCUUAUGAUGAAGUGUCUGAUUUGGACACUAAAAUCCAUGAAAAAGCCAUGAAGGUUGAUAUGGACAUCUGUAGACGCAUUGACAUCACAGCCAAGCUGUGUGAUGUGGCACAGCAGAGGAACUCAGAAGACAUGACCAAGAUAUUGAAGGGUAGCCCGUCCAGAGCUCCUCCAGAGCAGAAAUUGGGGAUGGCGGUAUGCAGGAAGAAGGAAUGUAAAGGUGAAUCAGAGCAGGAGCGAAUGGAGACUGAGCUUGAUUCUGGUCAAUGUGAAGAGGAGGUGCCUGGAUCUCUCAACAUCACUGAUGAGAUGAAGCGCAUGCUUAACAAGCUGCGUGAAACAUUUGAGUUUGACGAUGACUGUGACAGUCUGGCGUGGGAAGAGACUGGAGAAACUCUACUUCUCUGGGAGGAUUUUACUAACUACAACAGCUUGAACCUCACCACCACCACCCCGAACACCACAGCUGCUGCUAGUGCAAUCUCAACCAUGACCUGCACCUCCGACUCACUCAGAGAAACCCAUGAGCAGCAGGAUCAAAGUCUAGGAAGCCUCAUACAUGAGACUGAGUCUCUCUUUAAGACCAGAGAGCAGGAGUACCAGGACACCAUCGGACAGAUAGAGCUGGAACUGGCCACGGCCAAGAAUGACAUGAACAGACACCUGCAUGAGUACAUGGAGAUGUGCAGUAUGAAGAGAGGCCUGGACGUACAGAUGGAGACCUGCCGGAGGCUCAUCCAAAGCACAACCACCACUGGCAGACAAUCCCCCUCUCUCAGCUCUGUGGCCAGCAGUGAUUCAGGAAACACAGAUGACAUCCAGGAUGAGCUGGAGCAUGAUGGAGUGAAAGAUGGAGAGAAAGAAGUGGCAACUAGAGAUAAAUUGGGAAGUUAGAUGAUGAUCAGCCCUUCAUCAUUUGGUUUGCUCAGCUUCUCUUUCAGAGUUCUCCCUCUGUGAACUCUCUGGUCACUUUUUCUUACAUAGUAUGGAUGAGUGUGGAGUUUCAGGUUCCCAAAGAGCAAGUACUGGUGCUUCAUAUGUUGUCUUAGAGUGGGACCAGCCAAACUGAAGCUGUUCCCUCUUUAUCAGCACUGCCAAGACAUUGCUCCAUAGUUGCUUCAGUUGCAUUCACAACAAACUCAAACAGGAUUUCACACUCUUUACAUUGUGAUGGAAAACAUGACACAUUUGCUAAUAUGAUAUAAUUAUUUAUUAAGUGCAUAAAUUCUGUUAUCUUGCUCACUUGUUUACAUGAAUCUAAAAGGCAGGUUGUUUUUAAGUUGAAGCCUGAAGUCAAUAGCUCUACUAAUUUAUAAAAAUAUAUUUUAUACAAGAUAUAUGCCUACAAUCAGUUUAAUGUCAACUUGAAACAAUUUUAUCCACUGGGAACUGACUGGAUUGUAAAAAGUGGCCAUACCAGAAUGUAGCCAGACCUGAAUGUGACAAUGCCCUAAUAGCUAUUUGGCAGUUGGUUAAAGGGAUACUUCACCCAAAAAUGGAGAUUCUCUCAUCAUUUAUUCACUUUCAUGCCUUCCAAGAUUUGUAUGACUUACUUUCUUCUGUAGAACACAAACAAUUUUUUUUUUGAAGAAUAUCUCAGCUCUGUAGGUCCUUUCAAUGCAAGUGAAUGGUGGC